GGAAACACGAGGAGUGCGCAGGUGGGAGCCCAUGGCUCCUUGAGCAAUGCCGACUCAGUAAUCGGGUUCACGGCAUAGUUGGGCCCCAGUAAACGGCGCAGCGAGUAGAUGCAGUGCCGGACAGACUCGAGAGUCGAUCCCGUGCCUGAGUAUCGGUUAGCCGAAAGAGUAAAGAAAUGGCGCUGAGUUAUUUAUGUACAUGCCAGUGUACACCAAGACGUUGAGUUUCUGUGAUGACAUGAUGAUGCGUUGAUUUCCUCAUUCGGCAGGGGGUUUGUUGGCCCGGAUGUUUGGAUGGGCAAAUUUCAGUGAAAUGAUUGUGCGCUCCGAUUCGGCAGUCCCAGACCCAGAACAACUCUCAGACAGCAAAAUUCCGGAAAAAGACGAGUUAGACGCUCGCCACUUCAAGUCCAAUGGGAUCAACAACAUCGAAACAAGAUGCCCAGCCAAAGGCAGAGCAGCAGGCACCUUUUGAAGAGCCAAAGGAUGAUGAACCGGAUGAGUGGGAUAAGAGGAUCUUUAGUACCGGAUGUGCAGACGAGAAUGCGAAAUUGACCGACUGCUACUACGAGAAGAAGGACUGGAGGGCGUGCAAAGACGAGAUGGAGAGGUUCAGACAGUGCUGGAAGGCGCAGGGAAACGACAAGCGGACCGACAUGAAGAAUGUCUAG